AUGGGCUGCGUGCCUUGCCAGAAAGCUUCGGAGUCGAAGAAGACGAUGAGCGACGAUGAGAGGUACGACCUGGUGAAGCGUGCGAUUGCCAGGCAUUUUCACAAGAAGAGCGUGCAGCAUGCGCCACCUCCAGGCUAUCCACCGCCCGGUGGGUAUUACCCGCCGCCACCAGGCUACUACGGCGCCCCACCACCAGGCUAUCCUGGUUACCCACCUCCCAAUUACCCACCACCUGGCUAUCCACCGUCAAGUGCGUAUCCUCCCGUCUACGGAUCCCAGCCACCCCCCGGUGGUCACUAUGCCGCGCUCCCGCCUUCCAAUCCGCCACCACCCCGGGAAGCACUGCCAGCGCCUUCGCCAGCCUCCGACGACCCUUAUCGACAACCAGCAGGAGAUCCUUAUUCUGCAUACGGCAGGGACAGGGAUCCUUACUCUGGCUACGACCGCGACAGGGAGCACGAUAGAUAUCGUCGACCAGAGGACGCUCCGAGUCGUGACCCUUACGCACACCUAUCAGGUUAUUAUGGACCACCUCCUGGACAGCCCGAAGGUGCUCCUCCGCCUGCUGGCGUGUACGCCUCCUAUGCUGUCGACCCAAGAUAUGAGCCUAGGUAUCAGCCUUACUGA